UCUUUUUCCUAAAUGGCCGCAUUUGAGUAGACACUGGCCACCAUGUUCACAACCAGUGCAAAGAUCGUCAAGCCUGCGGGCGAGAAGCCUGACGACUUUGAGCUCCAGGUGUCACAGGCCUUGUUAGAAUUGGAGAUGAAUUCUGAUUUGAAGCAACAGCUUAGAGAACUAUGGAUUACUGCAUCCAAGGAAAUUGAUGUUGGUGCAAGUAAAAAGGCCAUUAUCAUCUUUGUGCCUGUCCCUCAGCAAAAAGCUUUUCAAAAGAUACAAACACGACUUGUACGUGAGCUUGAGAAGAAAUUCAGUGGUAAACAUGUUGUAUUUAUUGCACAGAGACGUAUUCUUCCAAAACCAACAAGGAAAACAAGAAUCAAGAACAAGCAGAAGCGCCCUCGCAGUCGCACAUUGACAUCUGUGCAUGAUUGUAUCCUGGAAGAUUUAGUGUACCCAUCAGAAAUCGUUGGCAAAAGAAUUAGAGUAAAAUUGGACGGGAGUCGAAUGAUAAAAGUGCAUCUAGAUAAGAUCCAACAGACUAAUGUGGAACACAAGACUGAUACCUUCUCUGCUGUAUAUAAGAAACUGACAGGAAAAGAUGUGGUCUUUGAAUUCCCAGAACAUCAAUUAUAAUUUCACUUGACAUGUAUUUGAUGAAGUGAAGUAAAAAAAAAAUAUUACAAAU